CGCGGGCAGCUGGAAGACAGGCUGAAUCUCACACAACAUGCUUGAAACAUUUUUCCGUGUGAGAAAGAUAUGGUACAUGGUCAUUGCCGUUAUUGGUGUUCCCGUGAAUUUAGUGGCGAUUGCAAUCCUGUCCCGGGGAAAGUGCGGACUCUCCACCUGUACCACUCGCUACCUGGUAGCCAUGGCGACGGCGGAUCUACUAACUAUCAUAUUUGCGGUCAUAUUUUGGCGAGUCAGUUAUUAUUACUUCCCCGGAACUUUCCUGGACAUCACUCCCGUGUGUACUAUGAUCUCUGUUCUGGGAGAGGCAGCCACAGAUUGUUCUGUCUGGUUCACCGUCAGCUUUACAUUUGAUCGCUUUGUAGCCAUCUGUUGGCAGAAGCAGAAAACAAAAUAUUGCACCGGGAAAACUGCGGCUGUGGUUCUGACAACAACCGGUGUUCUGCUCUGUUUUGAAAAUGUGCCCUACUUAUUUAAGUAUCGUCCUGUGAAAGUGAUUGUCAAUAUCCCCUGGGACUGUAUUCCAAAGCCCGGGUCCUUUACGGAUCCUGGAUGGGUGGGCUACAGAUGGCUUUCUAAACUUCUAACACCAUUACUCCCGUUCGUGUUAAUACUACUGCUCAAUGCUCUGACAGUCAGACACAUUUUGGUGACUAGUUGCGUCCGUAAGGGGCUGAGGGGUCAGAGCAAGGCGGAGAACCGCAGUGACCCGGAGAUGGAGAGCAGGAGGAGGUCUGUGAUCUUACUUCUCACCAUCUCCGGGAGCUUCAUCAUCUUGUGGUCGGUAAAUGUUGUCGAAUUCCUUUAUUAUAUCAUUGCCGGGUUGGAUCAGAAUAAUUACAACGAUUCGGAAUACAUAUUUCAACACACCGGAUACAUGCUGAUGAUAUUAAGUUGCUGCACAAACACGUUUAUUUAUGGGGUAACUCAGUCCAAGUUCAGAGAGCAGUUCAUCAGCGCAGCGAAAUAUCCGCUCGCACCAAUUAUUCAACUAACUACUAAAGAAAAUAUCUAAGCUCUUCUCAGAGUCAGUAGCAGUGUUUUCCAUAUUGAGACAACAGAACCGGCUGACAUCGGGUAACGUGGUGGUGGCGAGAAUAAAACUGUUUUAGAGCCCGAGAGGCACAGCACGGGAUCAGACCCUUCAGCUCCCGCAGCUCGAGUACCCCUCCUCCCACCUAAAUUUAAUCUCAUCAUACCUUAUAUAUUUAAAACAAAUAUUUUUCACAACAUUCCCGCUCUCGUCACAGCCCCACCCCUUUGGAUAAUGAGAGUGCGGGUUUGGAUCAGAGGACAUUAAAGACCAAGUCAGCCGAAAUGCAACUCAUUCGUUACUUUAGUCGUUUGCAGAAGAAUGAAAUGAAAACAAGGAAAUGAAAGGUCCACACGAAUUUACAGUAAACCUUGCGCUUGUCCUUUGUAUUAGAUAAACCUUUUAUGGAGAAAUGUUUAACACAACAGAUCUAGUGCAUUCUGCUUAUAAUUGUGCUGAUUUCUUUGGUAAAACCCAGUGCGUACUCUUCUUCAAGGAGAGAACGUCGCCUCACUUCCGGAUUUCUAAUGAUUUUCCAUCCGAAUAAACUGCAUGUUGAAUCUCCACUGCACUCACUCCAGUACAAUCGUAUAUUUAUUGUGAUUCUUUUUCUCAGUUAAAGCUGGUAAAACUUCAGAUAUCAACAGAAAUAAUCACACUCAUUUCUCUAUUGUUAUAAACUUUCGGACUAUUCCACCUAUC